AAAUCUCAAAGGAUUCUCAACCUACGCCAUAAAACCUAAUCUCAUCUCGUACAGUUCGGUCGGGUCUCCGUUCUCGGUUCCUUCCCUCUCCCCUCUCCUCCUCCUCUGCUCGUCGAACUCACAGGAAUCUUCGCUCGCCGUCGUUUCCCAAUCUCGCUAUCCGGUCUCAGAUUCCUGUUUUGUUCCUCGCGAGAAACCCUAAUUUAGAUCAGACACGCCUUUCGUCGCUGUCACCGGAACUCGCAAUUUUCAGAUCUUAAGGUUUUCCGGGUUUUCAGCACUGCAGUUUGCUCUAACAUGUCAGGAAGAAAAGAGACAGUGUUGGAUUUGGCAAAGUUUGUCGACAAGGGUGUACAAGUUAAGCUGACAGGCGGUAGACAAGUGAUAGGGACUCUUAAGGGUUAUGAUCAGUUGCUGAAUCUCGUCCUGGAUGAAGCAGUUGAGUUUCUUCGAGACCCGGAUGAUCCUUUGAAGACAGUUGACCAAACCAGACGCCUCGGGUUAAUUGUUUGCCGAGGAACGGCAGUGAUGCUCGUCUCGCCAACUGAUGGAACGGAAGAAAUCGCUAACCCGUUUGUCCAACCCGAUGCUGCCGUCUAAGAACCAUCGUCUAUCUUCUUCUCCAUCUCCAUCUCCAUCUCCAUCUCCAUCUCCAUGACCUCUGUAAGCUUGUCCUGAGUUCUUCCUCCUUGAUUUCCUGGUAGAUAUUUUUAUGUCUCUUUGAACUAGUUUCUCAAGCUAGCCAGUGUUUUAUGUUGGCCUCUCUUUCUUUUCACCAUAUUUGAUGGGAUUUUAUGACGUGGAAGGAACAAAACUGGUUCAGUGUUUCAAGUUUCUAACUUUUGUCUUGGCGAUGAACAUCAAUGACUCUCGUGUCUGUUUUCUCACGAGAUCAGCAUCC